AUGAGAAUCUUUGCAAUAUUAUUGGGCUGUGCCGUGUUGGUCCUUUGCCUGAUCAAGGAUAGCGAGGCGGUCGUCUGUACAUCGCCUGGUGUGCCGACCGACUGCGUUGAUUGCACGGAUGAGCUGAACGCAGAUGACGCAGAGUGCUUGGCCCUCACAACAACCACAACGGAGGCAGCAUCAGGAUCAGUGACAACAUCCACAACGGAGGCAACAGCUGCAACGGCUACAACAGUGCGUGGCAGACGCCAGCCCAGACGAAAGGUUGUCAGGUUGAUCAAUUUGCAGUACACGAAUGUCCGCCGCAUCAGAGUUAAUCGCAAUCGAGCACCUGCCGCGUCCUUCAAGAAGCGUCAAAAUAAAGCGCGUGUUGUGGUUGUGGGCUAA